GGCCAGGUUGGAGGCCAUGAUGUUGGACCUGGCCUCUCUCCGCAGUGUCAGAGAGUUCGCUGACUCCUUCAAGACCAAGAAACUGCCGCUCCACAUCCUGAUAUGUAACGCAGCGGUGUGUACYCAGCCUUGGCGUCUGACGGAGGACGGCCUGGAGUCCACCUUCCAGAUCUGCCACCUAGGUCACUUCCUGUUGGUGCAGUGUCUACAGGAAGUGCUGCGACGCUCCGCCCCCGCCCGUGUGGUGGUGGUGUCCUCUGAGUCACACAGGUUUACAGACCUGCUGGACCAGUGUGGUAAGGUGGACCUGGCUGUGCUGUCUCCUCCUCAGAAGGACUACUGGUCCAUGCUGGCCUACAACCGGACCAAGCUGUGUAACCUCCUGUUCUCUAACGAGCUCCACCGACGCCUCUCGCCCCACGGGGUCACCUGCAAUGCAGUGCACCCUGGGAACAUGAUGUACACGGCCAUCCAUCGUAGCUGGUGGCUGAUGACCCUGUUCUUCACCCUGGCUCGCCCCUUCACCAAGUCUAUGGUAAGGAGACAGACAGUCUACACUUCUGAUGCUAAAGGAUCACCAUAUUGCAUGGCUGUCACUAUGUGGGCUAAAGGAGAUAUGACUCUUUGAGGUGUUUGUGUUAUUUAAUAGAUGGCUACUUGGUUAUUGAAGGAGUUGUGUGUGUUAUUUAAUAGAUGGCUACUUGGUUAUUGAAUGAGUUGUGUGUGUUAUUUAAUAGAUGGCUAC